GCGAUGGAGCUGAAUGUAGGUUUGUAUUGUGUGUGUGUGUAUGGUUUCCCUCCCACCUCCUCUUGCAGGGUGCGACAGGCAGAUGCAGCCACACAGCUGAAGAUCAUCUGGGCUAAUCAAGAGGAGAUUCUUAGACCUGGUUUCUCUCCAUCCAUGUUCCGAGCCCAGGAGGUGAAGUACUUUCAGUUUCCUGGUGAGCUGCUCAUGAGAAUGCUGAAGAUGCUGAUUUUACCACUUGUCGUGUCCAGUUUGAUGUCUGGCCUGGCAGCUCUCGAUGCCAAGUGUUCCAGUCGACUCGGGCUGAUCACAGUGUCAUAUUAUUUGUGGACAACGUUUGUGGCUGUCAUAGUAGGGAUCCUGAUGGUGUCAAUUAUCCACCCGGGCGGUGCGGCCCAGAAAGAGGACUCUGAGGACAGCAGCAAGCAUAUAAUGAGUUCUGCUGACGCUCUGCUGGAUCUAAUCCGAAAUAUGUUCCCAUCAAAUCUGGUCCAGGCCACGUUUCAGCAGUACCAAACAAGGAGCCAGCUCAUUGUGAAGCCAAAGCCAACGGUGAGUCAGGCCCAAUCAGAAUCCACCACAAGGCGGCCGCUCAUCUAUGGCAUCCAGGAUGAUAAUGGCAGUGACAUCCAGAACUUUGCUCUUGACCUCACUCCGCCUCCGGAUGUGCUGGUACGCACUCGUGAAGGAACGAGUGAUGGAAUGAAUGUCCUCGGCAUUGUUAUCUUUUCGGCCACCAUGGGUAUUAUGUUAGGAAGAAUGGGUCCCAACGGCACCGCCUUGGUGAACUUCUGUCAAAGUCUCAAUGAAGCAGUUCUUAGAAUUGUUGCCAUUGUUAUAUGGUACUUUCCAUUUGGCAUCGUUUUUCUGGUGGCUGGUAAAAUCCUUGAGAUGAGUGAUCCCUCUGCAAUGGGGAAGAAGCUGGGUUUUUAUGCCAUCACCGUGGUGUUUGGUUUGGUGUUGCAUGGCUUGUUCAUCCUGCCUGCCAUGUACUUCUUCAUCACCAAAAAGAGCCCCAUCGUUUACAUUCGAGGAAUCCUGCAAGCCUUGCUUAUAGCCCUGGCAACUUCCUCCAGCUCUGCCACUUUGCCUAUAACUUUUAAGUGCCUCUUAGAGAACAAUCACAUUGACCGGCGCAUCAUACGAUUUGUGCUCCCAGUGGGUGCCACUAUCAAUAUGGACGGUACUGCCCUUUAUGAAGCUGUGGCAGCCAUCUUCAUUGCACAAGUUAAUAAUUACGAGCUGGACUUUGGACAGAUCAUCACUAUCAGCAUCACAGCAACGGCAGCAAGCAUCGGUGCAGCUGGGAUACCACAAGCUGGACUGGUCACCAUGGUGAUUGUGUUGACAUCUGUUGGAUUGCCUACUGAUGACAUCACCCUCAUCAUUGCAGUGGACUGGGCACUAGAUAGAUUCCGAACAAUGGUUAAUGUAAUCGGGGAUGCUUUGGCCACUGGCAUCAUGGCACACAUCUGCAGGAAAGACUUCAUGAAAGAGGGAGAUGGGGUACCUCUGGUCUGUGAGGCUACAAUCCCAGUGAAGACCCCAACAACAAUGAACUGCCACAACAACAAUGGGAAUGUUCGACCACCCUCAGGAGUCAAACACAAGCUCAUCCCACCUGAUGUGGCUCGACUGAUGCAGCUGGAGGAAGGUGUUCAGCAGAUUUCGGAAAAAAAGAAACCUCUAAUUCCUCCGAGACAUCUGAAGCAGAGCAAAGAACACUGCACUAUUGAGAUGAAUGGCCUUGAGACCAACGUAUAGCCUCUGAGCCAAAUUUUCUGUGAUAUCCGUGUAUUUGGACUGAUGGGUGCCCAGCUUGUAAAGGCAUCUAUAUUUUAUUUUAUAUUCUGCAUUACCAAAUCUAUCUAUCUAUCUAUCUAUCUAUCUAUCUAUCUAUCUAUCUAUCUAUCUAUCUAUCUAUCUAUCUAUCUAUCUAUCUAUCUAUCU